AUGAGUUCUUAAGAAAGCGAUUCAGAAUAUUAAGAGUUUGUUACCACAUUUUACCAUUUAGUGUAAGAUAUAAAUGAAUGUAAUGAUAUUGAAUACAAAUUUAGAUUGUGCUACAAAAUCAAAAGAAGGUAGAACUGCCAGAUUUCUUAAAUAAGCAAAAGCGCGAAGAAGUAUAAAUAUUUCUAUAAUUUUAUAUAGAAGCAAAUCAAGUCAUCUUUCGUAUGCCAGAAAAUCCAGAUCAAAAUGUUUCAGAAAUCAUCUCUUACAAUAAAAAUUAGGCAGAGAGAUUAGUUAAACCUAUGAGACAUCAAACGAAAAAUUUAGAAAAUUCACAAGUAGAACCUUAUAUCUCCAAUGUCCAUUUAAUUCUCAGGUAAAUCUUAAUUUAAUAUUCAAGGGAUCUCAAAUUGAAAUAGCAAAUACUUCGAAAUGCUUAGAAAUAAGUGUAUUUGAAUUUGAUUGAAUAAUACAAAUAAAAGACAAAGAAAUCACAACCUAGAAAUUGUUGUUUGCAUAUGUAUACAUCCUAAAAUAAACAAUAUUAUUAGAUACUUAGCUGAGAAAAUUUACUAAGAAAAAAUGAAAGAAACAGCCACAUGCUUAAAAUUCCAUGAAGGCCCUAAAAUUGUUAUUCCUCUAUUCAAGAAUACAGCCUAAACAAGAAAGGGAAGCAUGGAAUGA